UCCGCGCCCAGAGCGCCGGGGCCGCCGCGGCCGUGCCGGGAGCUCGAUCGUGCCCGCCAGCGCGGCGAACGGAGCGGGGCCCUCGGAGCGGGAGCCGAGAAACCCCCAUUCCUCAGAAAACGGACCUGCACAGUGACUCGGCUGAUGGACUGACUCCCCAGGCUCCGUUCAGGACCAUGAGAACAGGCUUCCCCAGGGGCCCCCUUGGACCACCACGUCCUCCUAGCACCCAGACGGAGGGGCCAUGCCCGGGGAGCAGCCCCGCCAAGCACUGCCCCCAGCCAUGACCCGAGACCCGCAGCCCUGCCAAACAGCUGGUGGCCUGGGGGGGCCCUCCCAGCCCCCCAGCGAGGACGGCGGCCCAGCCAGCAGGACCACCAAGGCCACAGGCAGCAGGGCCUGGGUAGGGGAGCCUCCAGAGUCCCAGCUGUGGCAGGCCAGGGAGGGGGAACCCAAGGCGCCCCUCCUGAGAGCCGAGUCCCUGAGCAGCCUCGCAGGGAGGGGGUGCAGCCCGCAGGGCACCCCCGGGAGGAGCCCGGUGCAGGCUCUCACGCAGCAGGCCAGCAGGGCCGACGGCAGUCCCCAGCAGCUGUACAGUCAGAGCAUCUCUGGCCCAAGGGUCAGACACACUCUGGACAAGACUCCUGAGGGCCCACAGGGCGAGGACCCCGGGCCCCCAGAGGCAAAGGCCCCACCGACCCCAGAAGAGCUCAGUUUCCAAAGGUGCUUCCAGGAGACCCCCUCCAGCUUUACCUCCAGCAACCAUACCUCACAGAAGGCCACCUCCGGGCCCCCGCCCCUCCGGCCCCCCUCGGGCAGCAGUGCCAGUCCCUGCCGGCCGGCCUCCUACUCGGAACUCCAGGCCGGGGGCGCCGACAGCUGGCCUCCCGCUGUUGGGAACGGCUUCCCAGGUGCUAGAUUUGGGGUCCCUGCUGCCAAGCCAGAGCCUUUUCCCGAAGGGGACGGCCCCGUGGUGGCCUCCUUCCCGUACCCCCUCCGGGCACUGCACGGGCCUGGCCCAAAACCCUUCCCCGCGGACAGGUCCCCGCCCACAUGCGGGGAAAGAGCGCUAGUGUUUGCCUUCUGCCAGCCCAGGGGAGCGUGGCCAGAAGACGCGGUGGGCACAGGCGCCGCCUGCCCCUUGCCCACCCUGCCCACGCCCCAGCCCCCACUCUGCUACCCGGGCCGGCCCAGCCUUGACGCCCCCAGUGACCUCGGCUGUGCUCCCCCACAACCUGGUGCUGCUCCCCUGGCCCCCAGCCCUUUCUCAGAGAGCCCGGCCACCUUUCCAGACAGUUUGCACAAGAGCCUGACCAAAGCUCUGCCUGAGAGACUGCCUUUGGCCCAGGACGACAGGCUGGGGAGCCCCAGGGGGCCCCCAAACUCUCUGUCCCAGAGGCACUUUCCUGGGCAGCCCUAUGGAAGGCCCGGGGCCAGUGGAGUGGGGACCAGCCCAGGGCCUCUAGACACAGAGCUGGCCACCCCAGGGCCCCUGCCCACCAGACUGCCCCCGCUAUGGGACCCUGCCGCAGCCCCUUACCCUACACCUCCCCUGGGACCCCCAGCCCCUGCCGGGAAUGCCUUCUUCAAAGGCCAGGCCAACCUAGGCCAGCGCCUUGGCCUCCCCCAGAGCUCCCCACUGCCCUGGCCCCAAGUGCUCCCAGCCACCGGGCCUGGCCCCCAGCGCAUGGAGGUGCUGAGCCAGCUGCCUUUCCCCGCAGGGGCCCCCGAGUGGCAGGGCGGCAGCCAGGGAGCCCUGGGGGCUGCCGGCAAGACCGCCGGGCCUGGGGAGAAGCUGGCAGUCCUGAGAAACAGUCCAGGUCAGCACGGGGGCAGCUCCCCUGGCCUGUUCGCCUACAACGGGCUGAAGGACUCCGGAGCCCAAUCCCUGUUCUUUGGGGUGGCCCAGUCCCAGGUCUCACCCCGGGCAACCCCCAGCCUGCCCCCUCCCCGAGUCGUGGGCGCCUCUCCCUGUGGGUCCCCGCUGCCCUCACCGGCCACCAACACGGCCAGCAGCAGCUCCUGCUCCUCGCUGUCCCCGCUGUCCAGCAGCCCGGCCAACCCAAGCUCGGAGGAGAGCCAGGUGUCUGGCCCACUCGGGCCCCCCACCUUCUUCCACACCCCUGCUCGCCCCCCGGAGACCAGCAGCCCCUACCCGUCCCCUGAGCCCCCACACGCCGUGCCCAGGCACUAUCAGCCGGAGCCCGUCGGAGAAUUCCCUUUCCCCGCGGAGGGGCUGGGGCCUGAGGGCUCUUUCAAAUGCUUAGAGGAGGCCCCCUUCUCAGGCUCAGGCCCGGAGGCCAGGCUGGAAGGCUUCCCCCAGGAGCCACCCCCCUACCCGGCCCACCACUUCCCCCUGAGCAGCGCGAGUCUGGACCAGCUGGACGUGUUGCUCACCUGCAGGCAGUGUGACCAGAACUACAGCAGCCUGGCCGCCUUCCUGGGGCACCGGCAGUUCUGCCGCGCACUGCUGGCCAGGGCCAAGGAUGGCCCCCCGCAGCCCCCGGGCCCUCCUGGCCCCCCCGCCGCCCCUAAAGCGCCAGCCAGCGGGAACCUGAGCCUGCUCAGCCACACCAAGACGGUCCCCUUACUGCUCAGCGGGGACCUCCGGGCUGACGGCAAAGAGGACCCCCUGAGGACCAGCUUCCUGCCCAGCCUGGCCACCGCCCCCUUCGCCCUCCCUGCCACAGACCUGGACCCUGAGGACGACGCCAAGCUGGACAGCCUCAUCACCGAGGCGCUCAACGGCCUGGGGUACCAGUCGGACAACCCCGAGAUCGACAGCAGCUUCAUCGAUGUCUUCGCUGAUGAGGAGCUUUCCGGCCCCAGAGGGCCUGGUGCUGGGCAGCCCCCCAAGACCAAGGUGGGGGCCGUGCUAGAGAAAAAAGCCCAGCACCCGCUCCCGGGCGAGGCCGCCUCUCUGGAGCCCCAGGUCCCCCACCCUGGGAAUGGCGGCUGCCCGGCCCGCAGCCGGCCCAAAACCCGCUCCCUGGGCCCCGCGCCCACCGAGGCAGGUGGGGCUGGCCUAGGCAGCCAGCAGAGGAGAGGGAAGCGGUUCAAGUUGUUCCAGAAAGGGCUGGACCCCUCCAGCUCCACCGAUAGCCGGAAGGGCCCCAGAGCCACUUGCCUGAGGCCGAGGAGGAAAGGCCACGUGGCGGAGGCACCCCCACCCCGACCCCGGGACCUCAGGACCCAGGCCCCCAGGAGCCCCGCCGUUCCCAGCCACCGGGCCCUCCCCAUGGAGACUAGGAGCUCACCACGCCUCCGCCUGUCCCCCGGGAAGGGCUCCAGGAGGAGGAAGCCCGGGGCCGGCACCUGGAGCAAGGAGCUCAUCCACAAAAUCGUGCAGCAGAAGAACAAGGCCCAGGGGCGGCCGCGGCGGCGUGGCCCAGGCGGGCGCCUCCCUCAGGCCCCGGUGAGGCAGGUGCCCAGCAGCGCUGAGCUGGGCUUCGGAGAGCUCACCUGCGCCUCCGAGUCCGAGGAAGAGGAAGGGUCACAGCCGCACGGCUCCUGCCUCCGAGGGCGGCCCCGCCAGGGCUGUGGCCGGCGGCACCGAGGCACAAAGCAGAAGGAAGCCGAUGUGGCCCCGGGCCCUGAGGAGGACAGAGGGCCGCAGAAAGCCAGGACGCUCAGGAAGCAGGAAGCCGCAAAGGUCAGGGCCCCCCCCAGCCCCAAGGAGCCAGGCAGUCCUUGCCCAGGCCCCGAGGAGAGAGGCCCCAAGCAUCUCCUGCAGGUUCCGGCCAGUGCCGGGGCCCCAGAGGAGAACUGUCCGGCCCUGGACUCCCCCCCGGAGACCAAGAACCCCAGACCUGCUGAGGAGCGACUGCCAGGUGCCACCGAACUCCACAGAGAGGCUCCAAGCUCUUCUCCAGCCUCCUGCGGGGAGGGAAGCCCCCAGUCCCCAGCCCCGGAGCCAGGCAGAGGGGACCCCCGGCUGUCCCGUGGGAGUGUGCCAGGCACGGCCCAGGGCACAGAGCCGCCCACCUCCCAGGACAGAGAGGACCCCUACCCAUCAGGAGAGCUGCUGGUGCCUGUCGCUCACGCCGCCGACACCUCUGCCCUUGAAUCUGGCGCCCUGUUUUUGAAGACUCCUGAUCUUGGCUGUGGCCCUGCUCUUCUUAACAGAGACCCAGUGGGGGUUCCCCUUGCCAGAAAGGGGGCCCAGCCCUACAGCAGUCCCCCCAGAAAAUUGUUCCUCGGACCCAAAGACCUGCCUGGCUGUCUCCAAGAAGGCCUCUACUCCAAGCCCUUAGCACCGGACUCUCCAGCUGCCAGCGGCGCACGCCGGCCCCAAGACGGUUUGCACACCAGUGUCCUUGAGCCAAAACCACCAAGGAGUCCACCCUACACGAUCCAUGGGGGCCCCGGCAAAGCCGGACCCCCGCUGACCCUGGAGUCCACGCAGCUCUUCCCGGGGCUGCCUACAGAUGGGCUUGACCCGCCCACCUACAGUGGCCGGCAGGGAAGUGGAGACACCGACCCCCCGCCCCUGUGCACUGAUCCUCCCCCAAGGAAACCGCAGUUAGAGCCACCAUACUCCCUGCUUCUGCCCGACAAGGGCUGGUCCCUGCUGGAGGAGGCCCCAGUGCUGGCCAGCCAUGUGGGUCACCUUCCCGACCUCUUGGGGGAGAAGGCCUUCAGUAGGAGACGCCCCGGGGAAGCAGCAGAGGCUGCCAGUCCUUCCCCUCUGCCUGGCAAGGUCAGCGAAUGUGGCAUCGCUUUUAUGGGCAGCCUGUCCGAAGAUGAACUAGAAAUCAAAAGACUGGUCGCCGAAUUGGAGACUCAGCUGCAGAGUAAAGGGGUGUCCGGGGCCCCAGAACUGCCGUGCACAGCUGGGCAGGUGGGCAGAAUGCAGGCCGGCACAGGGGCCCCUCUGCCCACCCACCAGGCCGCCUCGCCCCCCAGGGACACCUUCUCCGAGGCCGACCUCACCGGCCUUGGGGUGUUGACUCCACACCCAAAAAGGGCAGAAACAGCAGUGGCCACCACGGAAGGGGGCCUGGGGAGCCCCCAGGAGGAGUGGCCCUCACCCCACCCAGGAGAAGCAGCCCUCUCCCCCUGUGUGCAUCUAGACGGGGCCUCUGGGGCCCCCAGAAGCCUCAGUGGGGCCGACCGCAGCUUCCAAGCAGUACAGAGAGCCGGGGUCUUAGAGACAGGCCUCCCAAAGGCCAAAGGGGACUGCGGGGCCCACGCAGACAUCUCUUGCCCCAGCCCUGGAGAGCUGUUCAAGUCUCCACGGGAUGUGAGCUGCUUAGCAAGGUGUAGCCCAAGCCAUGAGCCUUUACUUCCCAAAAAUAAUGAGGCUGCCAAGAUGCACCCAAGCCACGCCCUGUCGCCCCUUCCCUGCACACAGGCAGGAGGGCCCCGCCGAGACCCCCCCGAGCUGGAAGCAUCUGGCCGCCCACUAGCCCACCUGGCGCCCAGCUCGGCCUCUCAGGGGGCCGCCCCGUCCUGUGAUGCCGGUCAUGGCGAUGCGCCCGAAGAAUGCUCUGCGAGCCAAGCAGGCCCGCCCCACUCUGCUGCGGGGGGCCCUGGCCUUAAGGGUGAUGAGGAGUCUGUGCCCGUGGGUGCCUCCCCGAGUCCCACCUGCGCGCCCAACACCGGUCCUGGCAGGAGGCCCCAGGACCCAGCCGCAAGCCCCCUCCGUCAGCUGCAGCUCCUGGUGGCCAGAGCGGCUGGGGGUGAGGAGGACGCCCUGGGCUCACAGGGGCGCCCGUCUGCUGGUACCCCAAGCCCUGGGUCUCUGGAAGGGGACAGUGCGGAAGGUGGGGACAUGGCCCGCAGCCCCCCCCAGGACGUCUCCGCAGCGGCCAGAAGUCAGCUGCAACCUGAGGCUGACGGACGCCUGGACCUCCUCGGCCAGGCUGGGGAGCCCGAGGGCCAAGGCAAAGCAGGCAGACAGCGGCCGGAUAACUGGGGGGAUCUGCUGGGGCUGGACAGCCUCUUCACGGUCAGUGCCAGUCCUGAGACUGCCCUGGCCGGGGAGGCAGACCAGCUAGGGGGACAGCUCCAGGGAAACAGCCAGCUCUUAGGCCUUCGGAAGGAGGCCUGGGCCCCCCAAAGCCCUACCUCGUGUGAUGCAGAAACUUUGGUUCCGGCCUUGGCAGUGGCCCACGUCCGAAAUGGGCCUGAAGCCCAGACCUCCGAGAAGGCGGCCAGCCCGGGCCUGGAGAAGCAACUGCUGCUCACUGGGGACAACCCCGCUUCUGCCGUCAGGGAGCUGACCACCUGUGUCCCCCGGCCCGCUUCUGCAGCCACCCCCAUUCCCUGCGGCCUGGAGCAUCUGCCCCCGGAAGACCCUCCCAGGGGACCUUCAGGCGAGCUGGGGGGGCUGCUCCCAGCACCUCCAGCCUGCGGGGAUGCUGACAGCCCGCAGCCCCUCCCACCCCCUUCUCCUGCCGGGCCCCCUCCACGAAGGGCUGACUGCAGCCCGGCCGCCGCAGAUGCCGGAGCUGGGCCACCUGCGGCAACUCCCCCAUCUUCGAGGACAAGCCCCUGUGGCUUCAAGGAAAGCCUGGCCCACCGCCCCCUCCUGGGGGACCACAGCCCCCCACAGAACCCUCCCUUGGGCCGGCCUGGCUGCAUCCGUGUCUUCACUCCGGCCUGGGGGCAGGACCACCCUGAAGGCAGCGUGGCAGGACCUCUAGAAGAUUCCAGAAAGGAGAAGCCAAGGCGCUCUCCUGCCUGUGUCACCAGUUCUCCCCCCAUGAGGCCCGACUCCCCAAGAGUCACCACGAGCACCCCUGCCGGGCCUGACGUUGCCACCGCAGAUGGCACAGGGGCAGAAAGAGGCCCUGGGGUUGCCCAUCCAGACCCGCACGGCUGGGGAGCCUCACCCCACCGCGGCCCCAGAAGGAGGCCCCCUGGCCCUGCCUCCCCAGAGCCCCCAGGCAACAGGCAAGGCCAGGGUGUCACUGCUGUGCCCACCAACACUUCCACAUGGGGGGUCACGGGGCCAGAGUCCUGUGCCUGCCAGGAAGGCGAGGCGGGGACUGACUGCUCUAGCGCCAUGACGGCCCCCGGAGCGGACACCAGCGACCUCGCCGUCCCCUGCCCGUCCCUGGAGAUCCCCCGGGGCAGAACUGCGUCUCCCAGCAGCACAGCCCAGGACUCCAGACCUAGCUCUCCCCAGAGCCUCAGAACCGUUCACUGCACUCCCCAGAGUCCACAGGGCAGCAGACAGAAGGCUGUGUCCACAGAAAAUGCCCCCCAGGAGGACGGAACCUCCAGCGGGCGGCCGGUGACCUGUGAAGUGUGUGCAGCCUCCUUCCGCUCCAGACCGGGCCUGAGCCGCCACAGAGCCCGGAAGCAUGGGCUGCACAGGAGCCCCCCCGCCCCACCCGGCCCCCAGCCCCCAGCAUGCCAGCCCCCCGGAAAGAGGAGCCGCCGGGCACCUGGGAAGGAGAAGUCCAGCCAGGUGCUGAACGGCCCUGGCCGUGCCACUGGGCUGCCUCCUGACCAGGGUACAGAGGCUCCUGAGGAUGCGUCAGGUCCUCAGCCAGCCAGGGGACUCAGUGCGGGGAGCACCCUGGGCUGUUCCCCCAGCCGGGAACCUCAUCCCCCAGGUCCGGGCGAGCCGGGAGAGGACAGGAGGCCGGCAGAGCCCAGGAAGCAGGCCCCACUGGUGGGGGACAAACGCUGUCCCAAACAGGCAGACAAAGGAAGCGGCCAGCGGCGGGGCAGGGCGCCCAUGGAUGUCCCCAGCAAUGUGGAGGGGAAGUUGCAGGGAAAGGGGAGAAAGCCAAGAGCCAGGAGGUUCCGGGAGGCGAACGGUCCUCCGGUCAGUCCCGGUGUGAUUUCUGGCAGAAGCCGCCGGGGUCCGUCCACUGCAACUGCCAGUCCCCCGGGGCCUCCGGGCAGCCUCCUCUCGGUGCAGGCCGAGCCGGAUGCCAACGCCUGCUGGCCCGGGGUGAUGGAGAACACGGUGGACACAGAUCCGGAGGAGACGCCCGCACAGAGGUCACUGCAGGAUUGGAUGACCCGUGUGGAGGGGGUGGGGUGGGCGCCGCCUGGGGACAGGCCCAGGGGACAGAAGGCAGCCCUGGCCAGGGGCUGCUGGGGGCCCAGGGAGGCCAGAACAUCGGACAUCCACAAAGAGCCGGCGGGGGCAGCUGGGGCCGAACCUGCAGGGCACCGCAGAGCAGCGGAGAGUGGAUCGGGACAAGGAGGAGGGGAGGGGCCUGGGCCCGCCUCCAGCCCCCCAGGCCCUCAGGAGACACAUGUAUCUGCCGGAGGGGCCAGCAGCAGCUGCUCCCCGGGCCCCCUGCACAACCCAGAAGCGCAGGUCAGCGUCCAGGCAUGUGAGGGCGCAGCUCCAGGAGCCCCCAGCCCAGGUCUCCGGGACCCUCUGAGCCUGUUUGAGGACGAAGCCUCCUUUUCACAGCUCUUCCCUCUGGGCGACCGCUUGACGCAGAAGAAGAACCCCCGAGUCUACGGGAAGCGCUGUAAGAAGCCGAAGGCCCCGCCCCCGCCCGAGCCCCUGCGCGAGGUGGGGGGCUGCCUCGCGCUGGGCUCGGCCCGCCUGUCCACGGACCUCAGCGACUCGGGCUCUCUCUGCCUCUCCCACGAGGACCCGUGGGGUGACGAGGCCGCGGGUCUGCCGGAGUCCUUCCUGCUGGAGGGCUUCCUGAGCAGCAAGGUGCCCGGCAUUGACCCCUGGGCCCCCAGCCCCAGCCUGUGGGCCCUGGAGGCCGACCCGGGGGUGGACUCUGCGGAGGACCGCGGGUCAGAGAACAUUCCCGAGCUGCACAUGGUUCCGCCGUCUUGGCGAGACCUGGACCUGCAGGUCCCAGCUGAAGGGGUGACCUCUUCUCUAGGAGAGCUGAGCCCAGAGCCCCCAGACCUGGAGCAGGAACGCUACGACAGCGGGCCCCCCGGGGCCGCCGUGGACCUGGAGAUGCUCCGCGCCAAGCUGGACGAGCAGGACCUGGGCUUCCUGACGCCCCGGGACGCCCCCGGGGGUGUCCUCAGCACCAGCUCCUUAGACUUCGCGGAGCCGCCGAGCCCCGGCGCCGCCGGGGCGGGGGGAGCGCCGGGCCGGGACCGGCCGGCCAAGGCCAGCAGGGCGUCCUACAAGUGCAAGGUGUGCUUCCAGCGCUUCCGCGGCCUGGGCGAGCUGGACCUGCACAAGCUGGCCCACAGCCCCGCGCCGCCGCCCACCUGCUACCUGUGCGUGGCGCGCAGGUUCGGCUCCCGCGAGCGGCUGCGGGCGCACCUGCAGGAGAAGCACGCGCAGAGCGGGCCGGGCCGCUGGGCCUGCGGCAUGUGCGGGCGCGCGGCCGCCGACGUCUGGAUGUACAACGAGCACCUGCGGGAGCACGCGCUGCGGUUCGCCCGCAAGGGGCCGGCGCGGGGGGCCCUCGGGGACUGGGGCGCCGGCCGGCGGGGCGCACGCGUCCCGGGCGGCGGCGCGGGGCAGGCGUCCGGACCCCGCGGGGGCGGGCGCUCCCCGGCCGACGGGCGCCCCGGGGAGGCGUCGGGGCCGCAGCCGGGGGCCGGGAGAGGGUCGCCGAGGGACAGCGCGAGCCCCCCGGCUGCGGCCGCCCGCCCCGACCCCGAGCGCACCCCGGCGCCGGACGGGGCCUCGGCGGGCAGCAGCCGCCCCGCGGCCUGCGGGAAGCCCCCUGCUCCCCGCGGCUCUGCCCAGGCGCGCGCCGGCCGCUCCCCGCCGCCCCGGGCCGGCCGUGCGCCCCCGGCCUGCGAGGACCCCUCGCGCGACUGCCACCACUGCGGCAAGCGCUUCCCGAAGCCCUUCAAGCUGCAGCGCCACCUGGCGGUGCACAGCCCGCAGCGCGUCUACCUGUGCCCGCGCUGCCCGCGCGUGUACCCCGAGCACGAGCAGCUGCGCGCGCACCUGGGCGGGGCGCACGGCGCGCGGGGGCCGCUGGAGCUGCCGCACACGGCGCUCUACGCCUGCGAGCUGUGUGCGCACGUCACGCGCGGCGGCCGGCGGGCGCUCGUGUGCAGCGCCUGCAACUACACCUUCGCCAGGAAGGAGCAGUUCGAGCGGCACAUGCGCAAGCACCGGGGCGGGGCGCAGCCGCCCUUCGCCUUCCGCCGCGUGCGCAGGCCCGGCGCCCCCGACCCCAAGGCGCCGGCCCGCGAGGGCGCGCUGCCCAGCAAGCGGCGCCGGGUGGCCGCGCCCGGCAGCCCCGCGGGGCCCGGCGCCCGGGGGCCUCUGUCCUGGGGCUGCAGCCCGCCCCGGAGCGAGGGGUCGCUCCCAGCCCUGCUCCGGCCCUGCCCAGAAGCAGCCCCUGGCGCCACCAAGGGGCAGCCCGGGACCCCGGAGAGGCCUGUAGACCCCGUGGGCCCCCCGGGGACGGGGGGCGACGUGCCCUCUGACCUCCAGGAGCCGCUGCCCCCGGCUCUGUCUCCUUUCCCGGCGGCCUCCGCUGAUGGCCAAGGUGGCCGCAAGCCAGGCGGAGCCCCGGCGAGGUCCGCAGGUGAGGCUUCUCCGGGCAGCCCUGGGCCUCCUCUGCAGCAGGCUCUCCCGCUGGGGGGGUCCGUGCCGCGGCCAGGGGCCAGAGGCCAAGAUGGAGAGGGAAAGAGGGCUACUGGCCCAUUCUCAGGGAAACGCAGGACCCCAAGUACCCCUGACCUUUGCCUGGAAGCCCCGUCCCUCCCCCAGAAGGAGAAGCAGGUGUCCACAGGACUCACGGUGCCCGAGGGAGGUACAGGGGGUCCCUCCCACAAGGGCAGUGCGGUCAAGCCUUGGGGUGGCCGGAGUUCCUCAAAGGACAGGUCGGCUAUGCCCACCCCCAGCAAAGCCCCCAGGUUCCCGGUUCCACCGAAGAAGGUCGUGGCCAGUCCGACACCCACAGAGCUGACCCAUGGCACUGAGCCUACCACCCUCAAAGCCAAGCCGAGCCCCAGCACCCAGGGCAGUGGAGGCCCACGGCACGGCAGCAAGACGGCAGGUGGCAGCCAGCCCCAGCCGGCCAGCGGGCAGCUCCAGAGUGAGACGGCCACGACCCCAGCCAAGCCCAGCUGCCCAGGCCAGGGCCCCGCCCCAGACAAGCACCCUCCUCGAGCCAAAAGUUCUCCCAAGGGGCCAAGGGAAGCCGGUGACCAGGGUUCCCGAGGGAGCCUGGACACCAGGGAGGAUGGGGAGGUCAGCGAGAAGAAGAGGAAGGGCAGGGCCCCAGGGCCAAGCAGGAGUGAGAGUGUGGGGAGCUUGGGGAGAGCACACUUGGUCCCUGACAAGCCCCCCCGGGCCCCCCGAAAACAGGCGACGCCCAGCCGUGUGCUCCCCACCAAGGCCAGGCCCAGUAACCAGAGCAGCCCGAUGCCACCCCAGCCGUCAGAGCAACGGCAGGCGGGCCCCGGACACACCCAUGGGGACUGCAGACGCAGCAAGGAGGGACAGGGCAAAGCCUGCCCCCAGGGGAGACCCCUGCAGAGACCCCCGAAGAGGGACAGAGCUGUCCACGGUGCUGAACCAGCCGACCGCCGUGCCUGCCGGACCGCCGCCUCCCAGAACGACCUCCUCAGCCAGCUCUUCGGGCAGAGACUGACCAGCUUCAAGAUCCCGUUAAAGAAGGACCCUCCAGAGUAGUUCACGGCCGUGAGUUCCCUUGGAGACGUGGAGGCUGCAGAGGAGGCUCAGGCCAUGGAUGGCACCCGCCUCCCAGAGCCAGAGGCCGGAGUGCCGGAGCCGGAG